AUAAACUGGAUUCAAACUAUUAGACAGGACAAAGGAAGAGAGUCAGAGUUAUUGGAACCAGUCUUGAGCUAUUUUACUUCCGUUUUCAGUUUCCAACCAAGCUAUCACACGUCAACCUUAAUUCAUCUUGAAAUGUCUGUACUUUUGUUAAGCUUUGUUGUCUGUUCGUGUGCUAAUGGCAUGGAAACAAUUGUUAAAACGAAGCAUUUUGACAUUCCAUCACAAGAAACUCCUUUGCCUCCAAGUGAGAAGUUUUUGGACAUUUUCCCACUAACACUGGAUAACUUUACAGAGAGUGUCAUGAAAAAUAAGGAUCCUUGGGUAGUAAUUUUCCAUGAAGGAUCAAUACCAAGAGCAUGGAAAACAAUGGCAGCAUCUUUGAGAGGAUCAGCCUGGUUUGGAAUGGUUGACAUCAAUUCUGAAGAAAAGCUUGUAAAGAAAAUAAAAUACGAAAAUAGUACAGAUAAUCUAGCUCGUGUUUAUCCAUAUGGUUUACCAGCAAAGAAAAAAACCAGUUGGAAAUAUGUGAAAAAUGCAGAACAAGCAAGAUUAGCUGUAAUUGAGUGUAUACAAGAUACUUCAUUAAAGAUCAAGGGUCGAGAUGUCCAAGAUUUCUUAUUUGAGAGUUUUGCAACAAACCCCUCAAGAUUUCCAGCAGUAUUUUUCACAAAUGAAGAAGAAUCACCAUCUUUUAUCAGAGCAAUUUAUGUGCGAUUUCAGAAAUAUUUCAACUUUGCUAGAUUUGUUUUGCCAACUGUUGAAGACAUGAGAGCCAUUGGACUACAAGAAGAGAUUAUUGACAUGCCUUCAUUGUAUAUUUUAGUAACUCCAGACGCAGGUCCAACAGAGAAAAUAAAUUUUAAUGCUAUAGAAUAUAGACCACAAAUAAUGGGAUCAAUGAAUUAUCCCAAUAUUUUACAGUUUUUGUUUAUGGUUAAUCAUCAGUUUAGACAUCAGUUACAAGGGGAUAAUAAAUCUAAUAAUCUUACUAUCAUGAACAUGCAAGAUGUUGUGGAAAUUGAACAAAAAAGAUUUGAAAUUAUUGUAAAAGGUAAAAAACAGCCUGGUAGAAAACAGCCUAAAGCUCCAAAGAAUGAAGAAAAGGUUAAGGUACCAGAUAUUGAAAAAACUGCAACUCAGCAUACCAGUAUUAAAGAUGAGUUGUAACUCUGCAUGAUGCUAACCUUAUUUGUCGCGAACAUUGUAGUGUUAAUACAGAUGUGGUGAUCACGUAAAAUAAUUUUUAAAAGUGUAAUGUUAUAAUGAGCCAUUAUUUAAAUUAAUAAUACUAUAAACUUGGAGACAGUUACACUUAAAUGUUUGGAAUAAAAACUAACAGUUCAAGUGUAGUUUUUGAGUUAUGGUUUUUGAGAGUAACUGAGGAAUGUUGAUGCCAUAAAUUUUAUUUAUGAGGAUUUUUUUCUUAACUUUAUAAUUACCUUCAAUGUCUUUUAUUCACUGCAAUUACUGACCAUGAGAUGGGCCGUUUAUAAUAGCCAGUGAAGGUCAAUUAAAGCUCCCAUCAUUAAACUCUACAAUAGACUUUUUGAAUAAGCUUGUAGAAGAAUGAAUGUUGGCCAAGAAAAAGAGGAUAUCUGUUUCAUAUAAUUGAUUUUUCAACCCAAAGCCUUCAAACUGAGUUGUGAAAUUCACUUUAUGUUCAAAUUUUUGAGAAUUUUUGCACAUUUUAGAUGGUAGAACAUUACUAAUUUCUACAACAUACAAGAUGGAGUAUACCUAUUUUGUGUAAUCAACUACUCAGAUAAAAAAAAUAAAAAUUAAGCAGUAGAUUUUUUUUAAAGUUUGAUUUGCAUAUAUGCAUUAAUAAUGUGCAACUAACUUUGUGUACACAUCUAAAUAUUUUGUACUGAUUGUCCAGAAAGUGACACUUGGUCAGUUUUCAGAAGCUUUGUUGAACAUAUGAAAUGUAAAGAUUAUAUGAGAUAAACUCCUCGUUUGUUAGAAUUAAUUGCAAAAUGUGUCAAAUCAUCAGAAAAGUAAAGCAAGAAAAAUUUUUUAUGCAAAUAAUUUAAACAUGAUAUGAAAUACUUGCAGAAUAUAAUUUACUGAGAAUUCAUGUUAAAGAACAAUAUCCCCUUAAAUUUUUGCUUAUUACCUUGACAAUAUAUCUUUUAUAGUGAUCUGUUAACUUUUUAAAAAGAUUUGGCAACCAGUCAGACACUAUAGACUGAGGCAUCAUUUAUACAGAAAGUUAUGUUAAAUGUGAAAUAUAUGUAAAUCUUAAUGACGCUGCUCAAACAAAAAUGUUUUUUAAUGACAUCAUCUCUGUCAUUGUAACCUUCAUGGUUAUAAAAAAAUCCACUGUCAAUUAAAGGGAGAUAAUUCCAGCCAGACAAUCUGUAUUUUGUAAUGAAUGUUUGAUUUAUCAAUUCAUAUUAUGAAUUAAAGAUGUUCUUGAAAUUUAUGUUCACCUAUUUUUAAAGUAAGGUAUCUUGGAGUUAAGUAUAUGUGAAUUCUGAAAACUGAUCAAAAUUUCUUUCACAUAUAUCCUUAUAUUUUAGAUAAAUGGCCUUUGUCAUAGUUUGUUCUUAGCUGUGCGUUUAUUUACCAGUAUUUUAUACAAAGACUUUGGUAUUUUUGAUUAAUAUUGAACUUUUUAUGAUAGAAUCUAAACAAAUACAUUUUUAUACAACUAAUUAAAUACUGCAUAAUUAAAUGUCAGAGAAAACUUUGUGAAUAUUCAUAGUCCGUCCAAUUUUUUGUGUGUUUGUAUAUCUGUAUAUUUUGUGUGAUUUUGUAUAUUUGUAUGUUCAUAAUGUCCACAUGAUUUUCUUUUUAUGCAAAUUGUUAUUAGUUAUUUUUUUUAUUUUUGUAAAAAAUCUUUGCUCCUAAAAGGCAAUAGACAUCUGUUGUUACAUAGUAUUUAUUUCUAAUUUUAAUAAAAAAAUAUAUUUUUGAA